CGGUGCGUUCCGCGCUGCCGGGCUGGGACCAGAACCCCCAGCGCGCGGGAAGCGGCGGGACCCUGCGCGUCGGUCCGGGCGCACGCUGGAGGGCGCGAAUGGCAGGCCGGAGGCCGGCGGAGGAGGCGCGGAGCACAGCCUGAAGCCUACGCGCYCGCGACAUGCAGCGGGAGAGGUGCGGCGCCCCCCGCCCGCGUGCCGGUCAUGGAGGUGCUGCGGCGCUCCUCGGUCUUCGCCGCCGAGAUCAUGGACGCCUUUGACCGCUCGCCCACCGACAAGGAGCUGGUGGCCCAGGCCAAGGCGCUAGGCCGGGAGUACGUGCACGCGCGGCUUCUGCGCGCCGGCCUCGCCUGGAGCGCGCCGGAGCGCGCGGCGCCGGCCCCCGGCGGCCGCCUGGCCGAGGUGUGCGCCGUGCUGCUGCGCCUGGGGGAUGAGCUGGAGCAGAUCCGGCCCAGUGUGUACCGCAAUGUGGCCGGCCAGCUGCACCUCUCCGUGCAGUCGGAGCCCGUGGUGACAGAUGCWUUCCUGGCUGUGGCAGGCCACAUCUUCUCUGCAGGCAUCACGUGGGGCAAAGUGGUAUCCCUGUACGCAGUGGCUGCAGGACUGGCUGUGGACUGUGUGCGGCAGGCCCAGCCCGCCAUGGUCCACGCCCUGGUGGACUGCCUGGGGGAGUUUGUGCGCAAGACCCUGGCAGCCUGGCUGAGGCGGCGUGGUGGAUGGACUGAUGUCCUCAGGUGCGUGGUCAGCACGGACCCUGGCCUCCGUGCACACUGGCUGGUGGCUGCGCUCUGCAGUUUUGGCCGCUUCCUGAAGGCUGCCUUUUUCAUGCUGCUGCCGGAGAGAUGAGCUGCCCAUCUGGACAGGAGCUGUGGCUUGGCCCCCUGGGUCCAUCCCUGGAGGCCAGCCACACCUGGGAAGCCUCUCUCCUCUCUGAGCCCCAUCCCUCUGCAGACCCAGGUCCCUGGAGGGGUAAGUGGAGAGGGCGGCCUUCGGUGCAGCUGUGGCCCUGCUGGGGGACCCUGCAGCACCUGCUCCCUGAUGCCCCUGCCUCAGGAAGGGCCAUCCCAGAUACCAGCUGGCUGUGGUCCUCGGGGGCUGCGGGCCCUGCACAGUCCAUCUGAGGAGUCUCUGCCUGCUGAAGUGGGAGGACUGAGCGCUUGGACCAGCUGUCAACAGCCUAAGGCUCCCAGGCUGGUGGCCGCGCCCAUUUCUAGAAGGGGGAAGUGCCCUGACCGCGGUGGAAUACUCAUGUAGGUUCCAGGCCAGUGUCCUGACCGCGGUGGACCUGUGAUCCUGUGGGCAAGUGGGACCCCCGGAGCUUCACCUCGGUGGAGGACGAUUGUGUGCCCGGCUUUCCUUGUGUCCCCCUCAUCCGGCUCCCAGAGAACCUGGACACCAGGAAGCCCAGCCCCGUGGAGUGCCCUGGAGUCCAGGCUGGCCCAGGCGGGGUCCUGUAGCCCCAGCAGCCCAGCCCUGCUGAGUGGGGCCUGGGAGGCUGCACUCAGUGCCCUUCCUCUCUGGCUCCUGUCCCCACCUGGCAGCUCCACUGGCUAACAGCCUGUCCCCAGGCCAGGAGCUGGAGCCUGCCUGCCUGGCAGAGAGGGCCCUGCAGCAAGCAGCCCCAGG